AUGCCCUUCGGCCUGAAAAACGCCGGAGCCACCUAUCAGCGACUCGUUAACAAGAUAUUUCGCAACUUAACCGGGAACAAAAUAGAAGUCUACAUCGAUGAUAUGCUCGCCAAAACGGAAUCCGGGGAGCAACUAACCGACGAUCUAAAGGUCAUAAUGAACACCUUGCGAAAGCACCAAAUGCGACUCAACCCAACAAAGUGCGCUUUCGGAAUGGAAGCAGGAAAAUUCCUCGGAUUCAUGAUCACACAACGCGGAGUUGAGGCAAACCCGGAAAAAUGCCGCGCCGUCCUGGAGAUGACAAGUCCCAAGAACCUCAAAGAUAUCCAAAAGCUCACCGGCCGACUAACCGCACUAUCCCGGUUCCUCGGAGCGUCGGCACAAAAGGCAAUUCCUUUUUUCAAACUUAUGAAAAAAGGAAUUCCAUUCAAAUGGGAGAAAGAAUGCGAAGAAGCUUUCCAACACUUCAAAAAGGUCCUAACAGAACCUCCAAUCCUUGCAAAACCUCAAACAGGGGAAACACUAUACUUGUACCUCUCCAUAACGGAAGAAACAAUCGCAGCAGCACUCGUCCGGGAAAACGAGAAAAAGGAACAAAAACCCAUAUACUUCAUAAGCAAGGUGCUACAAGACACGGAAGCCCGUUAUUCACGACUAGAAAAACUGGCUUUCGCACUCCUCUCGGCAUCCCGACGACUACGACAAUACUUCCAGGCCCACCCCAUAACGGUCCGAACCGACCAAACGGUCAAACAAGUAUUACAAAAACCCGACCUAGCAGGAAGAAUGCUAGCAUGGUCCAUCGAGCUAUCCCAAUUCCAGAUCAGGUUCGAGCCCCGAAACGCCAUCAAAGCACAAGCCUUGGCCGACUUCAUCGCCGAAAUGACUCCGACGAAGCUGACACCCGAACCAUGGAAACUGCACGUCGAUGGCUCAUCAAACUCCACUCACGGAGGCGCCGGAAUCAUACUCGAAAACCAAAAUGGGAUCACAAUUGAACAAUCAAUAAGAUACGACUUUCCAGUAUCAAACAACCAAGCAGAAUACGAAGCCCUUUUGGCAGGCCUAAACCUAGCUCGGGAAGUCGGCGCCAAGUUACUCGAGGUUAACACCGAUUCCCAGGUGUUGGGGAAUCGACCUCGUCGGGCCCUUCCCCACGGCACCGGCCAACUUAGAUAUCUCAUCGUCGCCAUAGACUACUACACCAAAUGGAUUGAAGCCGAACCCCUGGCCUCCAUCACGGCAACCCAAUGCCGGAAAUUCGUCUGGCGACAGAUCAUUACUCGGUUCGGAAUUCCCGAAGUCAUCAUCUCCGACAAUGGAACCCAAUUCACAGACAAAAAAUUCAGAGAACUCUUAGAAGGAUUGCACGUAUCCCAUCGCUUCAGCUCGGUAGAACAUCCCCAAACAAACGGACAGGUGGAAUCCGCCAACAAAAUUAUCGUCAAAGGACUUAAGAAACGACUUGACGAAGCCAAGGGAUUGUGGGCAGACGAGUUGGGAUCAGUCCUAUGGUCAUACCGAACAACACCCCAAACAAGCACGGGAGAAACGCCCUUCCGACUCACAUACGGCGUAGAAGCUGUCAUCCCAGUAGAAAUCGGAGACCCCAGCCCCAGAAAAACGGUUGGAGGUAACGACGAAGAAGCAGAACGAGACCUCAUAGACGAGGCAAGAAGCAUAGCCCACGUCAAAGAAUUAGCACUCAAACAAAGGAUCAGCCUAAGGUAUAAUCACGGCGUCAUCCGACGAGAAUUCGCGGACAACGACCUCGUCCUACGACGAAACGACAUCGGCCUCCCGACCCCAGGAGAAGGAAAGCUCGCACCCAACUGGGAAGGACCAUACAGAGUCAAGGCCGUAAUAGGAAAAGGAGCGUAUAAACUCGAACGACUAGACGGCAGCGAAAUACCAAGAACUUGGAACGCGGCCAACCUACGAAGAUACUAUACUUAA